UACACACACAUUCAUGCACACACAAGAGCAGGAAAUCCUUCCUACUCAGUGAACCAGCAGUAAGAUGUACCAGAAGUACGUACAGAAAAUGUUAAGUAUCAGGUGAGUGUGUGUUCUCUUCCAACUGUGUGACUUGCUUUACUGCAUGUAGCAGCUGUGUAGCAGUGUGGGGCAGGUGUGUGACUUUUCCAUAGCAUGUGUGGAGUGUGCGUACAGCCAGGCAUAAGCAAGUGUGUGUUUUGUAUAUAAAACUAACAGGGAUUUGAGGUCUGUGUAUUUGUUUUGCAUAUACACACUGUGGCACACUUACAGAGAGGCACUCUUUAAGAUCAUGUGAUGUUUAUGACAGUUUAUCUGUCAAACUGCAUGUGACUGACGGUAACUGUGCAACGUUAUCUGGCUAAUUAAAUGCAUUUAAUAGGGGUUGGUUAAAGUUUCCUUCUGACGUGAUACAAUAUUUUUAUUGAUGUACAGAUCACUCAACAGAGCAACUAAUCAACUACUAAUUACUGUGUCAGCAAUUGUUUCAUGCUCAGUACGAACCUGAAUGGGUACUGUAUUUGAGUUUUCAAAUGAGCCAAAUAUUAUUUGCACUUAUAUGGUUUGUUUCUAGUCAUUAGUGAAUUCAAGAAGGUUCAGACAGUCUCAUAAUUGUAUAGACAAAGUGUAAAAUGUAAAACCUAGAACCUAGAGACAUUGAACCAAAACUAUGUUUGUUUCUCAAAAUCUCAAAAAAUGUAUUCAAAAGUCAAAUAAGAGGCUGCUAUCUCAUCUAAACUGAGAAGAUAAGGUGCAUGCUUCUCCAGGUAGAUUCAAGGGUCAGUUCACUCAAAUGAUAAAAAAGAAAAAGUAAUUGCCAUGCAGAUGGUUUUAGAUUUAUAAGUUGAGGUUUUAAGAUAUCCCAAAAAUGUAAGCAAACACCAAAUUUGCUUUAGUGACUGAUCCCUUAUCUACUGUGUCCAGAUAAGGCUCUGACUAUCCACACAGAUGAAAAUAAACACAAAGUCACCACCGAAGGAAGAAUAUUAGCUUUGUAGCUGUUAUUUCCCUCUGACCCAGGAUGUUCGGCAAUAUUCUUUAGAAUGAAACUGCAACUGUUUUUUUUUUCUCUGCUGAAGGUCAGGGUAGACCAGUCCAGCCCAGGGUUAGCGUCAGUGUGUCCUGUAGGCAAGGUCAGACUGGACUGAACACCAGUGAGAACAGAACAACUUCCCCGUGGCAGACAGAGAUGCUUCCUUUCAUUUCUCAUCAUAUGACACCGCCAGAGGUUCCCUUUUUACAGGACGCAGUAGACAAUGUUAUUUCACAAUGGCCCGAACAAGACAGUAUUUAUAGAGCUGCCAACAGAAACAAAACUUUGCCUGAUUAAUUGGAAAAAGCAAGAAACCCAGUGACAACUCAAGGACACUGUGUUCAGAGGCACAAUGGUGUGUGGUGCGUGGGGACGAUGAAUGCGUUUCCCCGUGAGGAGGUUAUGUGGAUUUUUGUUUGUGUAUAUGCAUGUGUGUUAAGCUGAAGAGGAAAAUAACAUAAUUUACUCAGAAGGAAAUAAUUGUGUACAUCAAUUCAGAAAUACACAUUACCAUUAUUUUUGUUAGAGAGCUGAUAUUGCUGUGUAGCACACUAUGUUCAAAACAUUAAAGGCUAACGCUUUCAGGUAAGGAGUUAAAUAAAUAUAAUCAUAGCUUGUAGGGGUAGGCUUCCAUCUUUAUCGUUCAGUCUGUGUCAUCUGUCAUGAAGAUAUAGCGUUAGCAUUUUAAAUAAAUAUCCAGACAAAUGAUCCAUCACCAUGUCAGUAAAUUUAAACAACUGAACUUGAGUUCAAAGUAUAUUCAGAGUUCAGCAGCAGAAAUCUCUUUUGCACUUUAUUACUUUCCAGACAUGGACAACAUGCUGCCCUGACAGGGAUUUGCAUUAAGCUUAGUGAAUAUCCCCCUCAGUGUUUGUCCUAGAAGCUCAGAAGAGCUUUUAUUUCAGGUGGCAAAGAAAAUAAAUGGCUGAAUUUCAUUAAAAGCCAUGGAAUUUCACGGGUAUUGGUAUUUACUAUUUAAUACUUAAUAGACAAGUACAAUUUUGAGGUAUUGGUUAUACUAUUUUUGUACUGAGACGUUUAAUUGCACAGUUAUCCAGCAGCUGUAGUUUGUUGGCUCUAUAAUUUUGUCAUCCGUCUUAUUUCUUUCUGUUUUCCCUUUAUCGCUCCUUCUUUAAUCUUUCAUCAUUUCUUUCCUUCUUAAACUGUGCUUCAAGCAUGAAAAUCCAGAUUUAGAACAAUGAGUAUUUUAACUUUGGAUACUUUUAGCUGAUUCUUGUUUACAUAUCUUACAAGGUAUUUCCCUGUAAAUUAGUAUUUUUCUACCGUGGUAUAUGCUAAUUUUACUUAAUUAAAGAGUUUAAACACUUGUUUUCCACCAGUGUUAGGCAAGUUGCAGUCACUGCGCCUAUGUGUCACAUGUAUUACCUCUACAAUGUUCGUGCAUGUGUGGCCUAGGCUUAUGACUUGUGAAAGCCUAACCACGAAAGCAGCACAACAAAUUUAGGACCUGCCUUGCAGGGGCGUUAUUGUCUCAUCUUCCAUCAUUAUGAAACCACACAGUUGAUCCCCAACUGUGACACCCAUUGACUCAUCCCUGCACACAAAGUAAAACCCAUCUCAGUAUCUGAUGUGCCAAAACAUCUUCCUUCCUCUAUUUCUCUUCCUCUCUUGUAAUUUUUUUAUCUCAGGAAAGUUAUGAGUUUCAGAUCAACGGGGGUGGAUACAGUCAUAUGGCAGGUCCUUAUUAAACAAGGAGCAGCCUGGGUUUCAACAUUAGUGCCAGUAUAAACUUUAUAGUUGUGUACUUUUUUGUGUGACGACAGCACAUUAGGCCAACCUGUGAACUGUGUAUCUUGACCUUUAUGUGUGUGUGUGUGGGCCGAUGUUUUGUUUACACAAGUACUUACAAAUGCUUUACUUUUAAGCUCAUAAAAAAAAAAAAAAAAAAUUAAAGAUCACAUUCAGGGGUUAGGUUUAGGUAAACAUUACAGUCAGUGAGGAUUCAAUUAAAGUUUAGGGAUUAGGGAAUUACUGUAGUCAACAGUCAUCUAGAUGCAAAAUGAAUGCGUGUGUAAAAAUGGCUUUGCACUGUGAAUGUCACAGCUGUUGAUAAUUGUUUUAUGGGGAAUCUCGACAGUACUUUUUCUAAACUUCCUGCUUCCUUCCAAGUACAAGUUAGUUCAAGUUCAAGUCCUCUUAGAAUUCUUACAAUAUUUGCAUUAAACUCACAAUAAAAGGACUCAAAGACAUAAGUGAUAGCAGAUGUUAUGUUUUCCACUUUCGUUUCUCCAUGCUCUCUGUUACCCACGAAUCUGUCUGUCCUGUUAACUGGCAUUAACACUAUAUUUGUGUUAAAAGAGGAGCCGGAAAUGGAAACAUUGUGUUGUGAGAUGCGAUCGUGUGGUGUUUGUCUUGAUGUGUAUCUACCAAAGCGAUGUGGAUUAGGUCUAUGUGUUUUGCUGAGGGCAGUUUUGGAAAAGUGACCAAAUUUAGGUUGAUCCCCUCUUCUUUACCUGGCUGUUAGAAGGUUAAGACUUGGUUUCAGCCUUAAGAUUAGACUAGACUUUGGAUGGUUCAAGGGUUGGGGUUAGGUAUGUAGAUGUGAUCAAGAGGGAAUGCAAUGUCAUUAAAAUUCCUCAAAGUACAAAUGUGUUUGUGUGGCCUAAGAGCUGUUUCAGUCUGUGUUGAUGUUCCGAGAGAGUUCCCUCUAUGAUCUCAUCCACUUAAUUUGCUGCUCGGGUAAGCCCUUUUUUGAGUCUCAACAUGUGUUUGUGACUUUGUGUCUGUAUCUGUCUAGUCUGCAGGUGAUUACACAUAAUGUAACAACCUUUCCCUGCUUUAACCUGAAAGCAAAUUAAAGAAGGACGAAUUAAAUGUUCCAUCUUCAUCAAAACUUCUCAUACUUAACAAUAACUGGAAGGAAGGGUGAGGUCCUGGUCAAUGCAGGGCACAUUUACAGCUUUAUUGUAACCACUUCCCUCGCUGACUUUGAUUUGUAUUAUAAUAAAGCAGGAGUUUUGCAUUUGGAGCCAGCUGUCAUUAAUAGAGACGUUCAUUAAUGCUAAGGCGAGUGGUUGACUUCACCAGCAGACAUAUCGCAGAUGUUCUCAUGCAUUUUAGAUGUGCUAGACAAACAGCUAGAGUAAUGACCACAUAGUUCAAGGCGUGUGAAGAUGUUGUAAAACAAGUACGCAUAUGUGGCAAUUACAUGUGGUUUCAUUCUAGCUUCAAUGUGGCUGCAAGCCUUCGAGGAAAGGUUUGAUGAAUCCCAUAAUCCCACUGAAGGGGAGGGUGAAGCGAAGAAGUUGCAAUCUGUAACUGCACUGCUAGAUGCCACUAAAGCCUACACAUUGGUGUUUUAUUUCACAGCAACUUUCUAUGUUGUAGUUUGGAUUUUAUAAUAGUUUUGUUGAACUUGAAAGAAUUUCGGUGCAGUUUAAACUCACAUUUUGAGCAAAACUAAGAAAGUUUGUGUCAAUUAAUAACCUUUUGUUUAGAUAAUUCACUUUCUUUCAUGGAACUUUUUCCUGCAGGAUGUUUGUUAGUAUAUAAGCUUUUGAAACAUUGUUCAGAUGAUCGGACACAAAACAUCCUGCCUACACAGUAACUACACUUUUAUUGCAAGUUUUGCCCUUUUAGCUGAUCCAUCAAGUGGUCACAAAAGCUGAAGCCAAAGAGGACAUGCCUUAACGAGACACUGAGACUCAAAAACAAGAAUGUUUUGGGGAAUGUUUGCCUUAUGGUCAGGUAUCUUAACUUGACAAUAAAUCCUAGUUGUCUCUUUCUCAUCUUAGCACAGCCCCACCCAGGCUUCCUUGGCUUUGCCAACAUUUGAUGCUAACACAUUGUCAUUAUGGGCAUUGAUUUGUAUGGGGUGUGUCUUGUAGAGGAGCAGUUUGUAGCGGCUGCAAGGCCACAGCUGGACCCUUCUCGCCUUAACUACCUUCCCAUGUGACAUGAGAGUUCAGAGGGCACCUUUAAGGCCAGCUAUCGCAGAGUAAGACAUUGACAAGGAAACAGGAUGGAGGAAAGUGACACUGGAAAACCUGUGACACUUGAAAGUAUUGUCCUCAUUUGGAACCGUAAAGUUUCCAUUUUGAAAGACUGUUUUACAGUUGUGAGUCUUUUGAGUUUCACUCAAACUUCAAGUUGUAUCAUGUGACGCAGUUGUUUUUGUUUGUAUGGAAGUUCCAAAUAAGAGAUAAUCAAAUGUGAUUAAGUACGGUGUGGUUUGGUUAUUUUAAACCAUUUCUUAAUUGAAUUUACAAGAAGAACAAGAACUAGAAACAUUUCUGUAUUGUGAUAUAUAAUACUAAUAACAAUAAUAAUAAUAAUACAGUUAUUUUAUAUAGCAUUUUAAAAAAAGGUACUCAAAGGUUAUUUACAUGGUAACAAUACAAUGGCAGAACCAGCAAAGGCAAUAUCAGUAUUAAAAAAAACAACUAUAACAACUAUAAAUGGGAAAAGUAAAACAGCAUCAAAAACAAAACAAAAACAAAAAAGAAAACAGCUGGAGCAAUAGAAAGGAGAGAAGGGGGGUAGAUCAUAGAUUGAAAGCAGGUGUUGGGGGAGAGAAUUCCAGAGGCAGCGGGCAUUAUCCGGUUCUGACAUUGUCUGAGUUAUAUUUUAAAAGAAAAGAAAAUAAGCAUGAACUUUGGUUAUUUGCUUAGAACUGGUCAAACAAUUACAGGAUCAUUGGUGGUGGCCGCAUGUAUGUGUGUCUGUGUGUUUCCUUAAUGUUAAGAGGCUUUGGGUCAGAUCUCUCCAUGGAGGAAGGUAAGAGAGUGAUAAGUGAGAUAAAAAAUUACAACAAUAAUUCUCCCGUGCGUGUUUAAAUGUGCGUGUGUCUGCAAGAGAGGGCAAGAGAAUGGAACACAUUUGCAGGCAAGUCAUGUCCUGCAUCUGCGCACACACACAAAGACACACACACACACACACACACACACACACACACACACACACACACACACACACACACAGUAGCUUUCCAGCAAUCCUUAUUCUUCAAACAUACACACAUACAGACACACACACCGCCUCAGAGAAAAGCAGGGGAUUCCAAUCCGUCACAGAGAUGACAUCACAGCCUGCCAGUAACAAAAAAAAACAGCUAAACAAGGGAGUCCCCACUUCCCCUCCCUCCUACACAUCCCACAGUAUGAAGAGAGAGAGAGAGAGAGAGAGAGAGAGAGAGAGAGAGAGAGAGCAGUUCUAGGGUGAGUUACUAACAUUAGUUCGCAGGGAGAGGAGUGAGAGGGGGAGAGCGCGAGAGAGUCCCUUUUAAGGGGUUCACAUGCACACAAGAGCCCGCUGACACACGCACAAACACGCUUUAGCUGUGUCUCCAUAGUGACCGGCUUUGCUGCUCCAGCUUGGGGAGGAAAUGCCAAACUCAGUGCUUCAGAGAACUACACAAACACACACAUACACACACACACAGCUCUUUUCUAAUCCUCUGUCCGGCCACGACGGAAAAACCUCUCCUCAUCUUAUCACUCUGCUGCCUCCCUUUGUUCAUUUUCUCCUCUUCCUGUCCACCCCAUAUUUUCCUCUCCCAUUCACUUCCACUCUUUUUUUACUAUCCCCCUCCCUCUCUCUCUCUCUCUCUCUUUCUCCCUCCCUCUCUCUCUCUCUCUCUCUCUCGCUAUCCCUCUCCCUCCUCUGUCACUGGUAAGUUCACUGAAGUAGACAACAGAGAGAUGAAAGAGAAGAACCCCUGGCACAAGCCUGUGACCAUCAUCAUCACUGUGAUUGGUGUCAUAGCGAUUGUUGCCUUGGUGACGGUAGCAGUUUUGCAGAACAGGCCACUCCCCCAAAAGUACAAGUAUGGGAUUGUGCUGGACGCUGGUUCCUCCCACACAGCUCUAUAUAUCUAUGAGUGGCCAGCAGAGAAGGAUAACAACACUGGAAGAGUUGAACAGACGCAUUCCUGCAAAGUAAAAGGUCCAGGUAUCUCCAGCUAUGCAUCCGCUCCAUUGAAGGCCGGGGAGUCUCUGAGAGCGUGCAUGCAGGAGGCAGAGCAGCGGGUCCCCGGUAAAAGAUACCACGAGACCCCUCUUUAUCUGGGUGCUACUGCAGGAAUGAGACUGCUGAAUAUGGAGAACAGUUCGGCGUCCGAGAAGGUCUUUCAGGCUGUGGAGGAAGCCCUGCAAAAGUUCCCCUUUUCCUAUCAGGGAGCGAGAAUACUCAGCGGACAGGAGGAGGGUGCGUUCGGGUGGGUCACAGUCAACUACUUGGAUGACCGCCUAGAACAGGGCUUGGAAACCACAGGUGCCCUGGACCUUGGCGGGGCCUCAACUCAGAUUAGCUUUGUAUCCGAUAAUUAUGACGGUUCAGAGUCACCAAGCAACUCUGUGACCUUCCGACUCUAUGGAAAUGAUUAUAACCUGUACACUCACAGCUUCCUGUGCUACGGGAAAGACCAAGUACUACGAAUGGCGCUGGCACACCAGACUCAAACAGGUCCAGAAUCCAUAUUAGAUCCUUGUUUCCACCCUGGCUACAAUGCAACAAAGAACUACUCAAUCCUAUAUGACAGCCCCUGCGUGUCAGACAGGAAACCCCAGAGAGCUCCUGUAAACUUCACUCACGUGGGGAAUGGAAACUUCAAACAAUGCCAGAACGUCGUCAAAAGUGUCUUCAACUUUACUCACUGCAAUUACACCCAUUGCUCUUUCAAUGGGAUCUUCCAGCCACUUCUGCAGGGGCCAUUCGGGGCUUUCUCUGCUUACUACUUUGUGAUGAACUUCCUCAAUCUGAGUGACACAUCCAUCCCUCUGGAAACUGUCAAGGAAAAGCUAGCACGCUACUGCGCUACCCCUUGGAAUCAGAUCAUCCAGCAGCAUCCAGACAUAAAAUUGAAGUAUCUGGCUGAGUACUGUUUCUCUGGCACGUACAUCCUCACCCUGCUGACAGAAGGAUACAACUUCACCUCAGACAGCUACCCCAACAUAAAAUUCAUCAAAAAGAUAAAAGGCAGUGACGCGGGCUGGACUCUGGGCUACAUGUUGAAUCUGACCAACAUGAUUCCAGCUGAGGCCCCUGACUCUCCCCCUCUGCCCCACGCCGGCUAUGUCUCUAUAGUCACCAUUAUGGCAUUACUACUCUUGAUCCUUUUCGUCGUCAGCCUGCGCCCUCUCUGGCCCCGCUGCUCCAAACAGCCUCAGAUCAUAUGAAUGCACGCAGAUGUACGUAUGAGUGAUAGCGAGGGAGGGAAUGUUAUGUGAGGGCUUUUGAGUGUCAAGGUGUGGACUAUUCUGCCAAUCUGUGAAUAAGAUUACACUUUAUACUUUCCAGCCUUUGUGAGGAGGUCAAAGGUCAAUGUCUGCUGCACAACAGUCCUGCAGCUCCUGUGGAUUCAAGGACAUUUCAGAAGGACAAAUACUUUCUCUCGCUGGGGAGUGAGUUCUGCUACUCUGGUUGAAGAACAGUUUCUGUGUUUGUAUGUUUGAGUUUGAAUGUGUGAAUUUGAAUGCGUGCUUGAAUGUGUGCACCCACAUCAGUCUGCAUGUAUGUGUCUUGAAUUAUGAUGUGAAUAUGAUACUGUAUAAAUAAAAUAACCCAAGUUUAUAUAA